ACGUGCCGGGCACGGGCGAGGAGCGCGAGAUCAUGCGCCUGGGCAAGUCGGAGUUCUUCGGUGAGCGCGCCCUCCUGAAGAACGAGCCCAGAGCCGCCAACGUGAUCGGGGUCGGCUACGUGGACUGCCUGGUGCUGGAGCGAGCGGACUUCAUCAACCUGCUCGGGCCUCUCCAGCCGAUACUGGAGCGGGAGGCAGAGAAGCGCGGUCAGGUGGGAGAGCUUAUCGUAGGCCCCGCUAAGGCGAAGGGUCCGUCGGUGAGCCUCUCUGACCUAGUGAAGGUGAAGACCCUUGGCACGGGCACGUUCGGAAGGGUCAAGCUCGUUCAGCACAGGAAGACCAAGCAGGUGUUCGCCAUGAAGUGCAUGCAGAAGGCGCACAUCGCCAAGUCUCACCAGUCCCGCAACAUCAUGAACGAGAAAAACAUCCUGAUGGCCUGCGACCACGCCUUCAUCCUCGACCUCCUGUGCACGUACAACACCACCAACGAGCUCCUCAUGCUCACGGAGCUGCUGCUUGGGGGCGAGCUUUGGUCCUACAUCUACGAGAGGCACACCCCCAUCACCAAGACCGGCCUCGGGGGUUUCUCUUUGAGCGUGGCGUCCUUCUUCUGCGGGUGCGUGGUCCUGCCCCUGCAGUACCUUCACCAGAUGUCGGUGGCCUACCGCGACCUGAAGCCGGAGAACCUCUUGCUCGGCCAAGACGGUUACCUUAAGGUGAUCGACUUCGGGUUCGCCAAGCGCAUCCCCUUCAAGAAGGACACCACGCUGCAGACCAAGUCCUUCACGCUGUGCGGGACGCCCGACUACCUCGCGCCCGAGCUGGUGCUGUCUCGCGGCCACGACAAGGCCGUCGACUACUGGGCCCUCGGCUGCUUCCUGUACGAGCUCCUGUGCGGCAGGACCCCCUUCACGGACCCAAGGCAGGCGGAGAUCUUCAAGAAGGCCAUCCGCAGCGAGCGGUUCUUGGCGUUCCCUGCUGGCUUCCCCGCAACGGCCCAGGACCUCAUCAGACGUCUGCUCACCCCAAACGCCACCUACCGCCUGGGAAACCUCAGCGGAGGCAUCCAGGACAUCAUGUCGCACCCCAUGUUCAACGAGGUCGACUUCAACUGGCGAGAGCUCUACGCCAAGCGCAUGGUCCCUCCGCACAAGCCCAAGAACCCGGCCUCGAGCACCCUUACGGUCAAGGCGCGCCACCAGCGCUUCCUUCGCCCAGUGCUUGAGCCCUGUUUCCGGCGGCUAACCCUAACCGUUCGCACGUUCCGCGGUUUCCCUGAAGUCCGAACCGCUUUGGACACGUCCAACUUCGAGGCGGUGAGUGAGGAGGACAAGGUCUUGGCCUACACCGGGCCCCAGAAGCUCUUCGAAGGGUUUUAAUGUAGCUCUCGUCGUGUUUUGGUGUUUUUUUAUCUAUCUAGCAAACGCUUUUUUACUAUUUUUCUCAAGACUUUUCUGGCUGGCGGCAGAAAACGAGAGAAGCCUCCGGCGGCACGACGUGGCUUCCGUCUAUCUCCCCUUGGUGGGUCGUCUAUCUGCCUCUGGAGGGUGGCCUCAAUCUGUGAUGCGGGCGAGACGAUAGGGUUGAAUCCCCCACGUGCUCGCCCUUCCUGUCUUGGCCUUCUUUCGGCCGACGACGCUGAUUGCCUCUUGUUGUGAAAGAGGUAUUUUCUCCAUGCGGUUGUGUUCCCUCGGCAUCGACAGCCGCUACGGUCGUCAUUUUGGGGCUCGCGCGCCAGUAACCCCUCAUCCCUACCCUUUCGGCUGGGGCUAGGGAGUGUGUAAGUCUCGCUUGCGUUACUUAGGUGUGUGUUGUUGUGUGCGUGUUUUGUUUUUUGUGUGGAUCUGAGCGUUUGCUGCCUCGGUGUCUCCGCUUCUUGUCGACAUGUCAAUCUAGCGUCCGUAGGUCUAACUAUGGCCACCCGAGCGAUUGGUUCGUGUAUAGUAGCCUCUCGGACUAUUACUCCGAUUAUUAUACACUAAAAGUACGUAGUUCGUGGGCAUGUCUAGUACCCGCUUACGGCGGGCUGUUCUAGCUCGAUGUGGGCCUGAACUGAAGAAGAAAGCCUCGCCUCGCUUGAUGGAGAAAGGCCGCUCUUUCGGUCUGUGUAGGGUAUAGAGCAGCAGUUAGGGAGGGGGGCAAUCGCAAGAUCUAGCCGCCGCCGGUGGCCGCGGGAGGCACAAGACGUUCGUCUGUCUGUAGUCUGUUCAUGGUCGUGCAAGGAGGGUAAGGUGGCGAUGGUUUGCUGCGAGGCGGCACGACAAAGUAUAAACGUAUCACCAUAGAUUGGCCCCAGACUCUGGGCAGGGCUGUUUCCACCCCGCCCCUCCGCGAUGGUGGUCGAUUGAUGGGUUUUGUUUUGUUUUGUUGUUGGCGUUGCCUUCGUCAUGUCAGAGUUGGAGAGGCUAUCGGUUUCCCAUGAAGCUGCGUAUUAGGUGUCGCAGGUUGGUCUUGAUCAAACUCGUUCACCGAGCCGGCUUUCCGGCUGUUGAAUCGAACAGCUUCUCGAUCCACUCCGUCGCUUACCCGAUUCUCGCUCAGGAGUAGAAUAGUCGCGGAGUGGAUGCGGUUCAGGGCUAGCCCCUCCGCACGCUAAGUGUUACGCCCUUUGCCGAAGGCGGAGGGAGCCCAUUAAGCGCGAUUUUUUGUUGCCUGUUGGUGCUGGGACGUUGGUCCGUUGAUUUCGUGGGGGUUGUGGUGGCCCGCCCCCUAUCCCCUCUCGCACGCGAUGUCAAGGGAAUGUCGUGCUUGCGCGGGUUUUUUCAUCCAUGGUCGAGCUGCCGAGAGAGAAGGUGCGCUGACGUGAGGUAAAGUCGAUUUAUUGCCGUAGGAUUGAUGCCCAGGUGAGAGAAAAUGAGACUAGGGUAGGCUAGGCUGGUUUAUGACGUGUUGAAAAUAUGGGAGGGGGGGGUCGGGGUCGGGUUAAGUGUUGUGAAGUGAGGGCGUGGCAUUGUGGUUUGCUCCAUUCCCCGUGCUGCUUGCCUGUUGAGAGCGGCGGAAUCGCUGGUGAGGUUGUCCGUGGACAGGCUUUUUGCUCCCUAGCUGGCUCCGCCUUGUGGCAAAAUGGGGGGGACUUAGAGACGCGACGCACGAACUCAUGGAGGUCUGGUUUGUUAGAGUGACGGGGAUGCGUGAUGUGCCCUGCUCCGCUGCGCAGGAAUAAAGUUUUCGUUUGUCGUGCCUCUUGCAGAGGGCACGCAAGCGCGAGAGGGGGGGGGGGGUUCUUCCCUGUGCCGUUGGUGAGCUGGUGACAUGUUUUGUAGAGAUCUGAGGGAGCCGGUAGUGAGGGCCAUGAUGGCGGGGCUCCGCCGAAACCUUUUGGAAGCAGAAGUAGCGAAAUGGUAACUAACAGGUGUUGAGUCUUGCUUGGCGGUGUCCCCCCGCGUGCGUGCAGAGAUAGAGGUAACGUGUGUGUUUGUUGGUCUCGCACUCUCUUGAUGGUUUCGCAUGCAUGCGCAUCCCUUGGCGAUUGAAGUUGUGUCACGUCUCAUUGCAUCAGUCAUGGCAGGCUGGGUUGGCCCUGCCGUCUGUGCUGGGACGCUUUGCGACAAGCUUGAUGCAUACGCGCGAACGCGUUGGUGGCCGCUCUCGGAAGUGGAAGCUUCCUUCCAUCGUUAUCGUACAGCCCUUCCCCAUGCCACAAGGCAUUGUUGUCCUUUCCAUUGGGGGGUGCAGCUUGGUCUCGGUACCGUAGUAAAUAGUUUGUGUGGUGAUAUAUUACCCCAAAGACGAGGGAGAAGAGGGGGGGAGGGGAGCAGGGAGAGGGAAAAGGUUGAAGUGGCAUGGGUUUGUCUUUGUUGGAUCUGUUGGGGCGUGACCACCUUUCAUCGUCGGAGAUUUCGGCGACGUUAAUUAACUCUAAAAAAAUGUUAUGCAAU